GAACCUUCAGCGCAAAGAAUUUGGGACGGUGUAUAAAUACCCCGGGAGGCCGGGACUCAAACGACUUUAUGCCCCCAAUUACAGUCGCGGCGGGAACUGGGAGAAUUUGGGACGCCCGAAGGCGAAAUUAGCAACCUGCCUCUCUCUCUCUCUCUCUCUCUCUCUCUGUUGCUCGCUCCUGGGGAAACCCUAGGCGUCUUACGGCUCUACCUCGCGCCCGUCGCGGAUGGCGCUCGCCAUGGAGGAGUUCGUCAACGAGGAGGAGGAGGACGAGCGCCCGCUGCGAUAUCUGCCGCUUGGCCGCGUGUACUCCGCCGCAUGCGUCAGUCCUAGCGGAGCCUCCACACUUGUGUCCAAGAAGGUGAAGGCCCGAAAGAUCGGUGAUGCAGAGGAGGGGGACGAGGAGGCGGGCUGGAAUGAUAAACCCUUGGAUGCCAGAGCCGUGGGAAUGUGCAAUGGCGACGCGGCGAAGCCGUUGCUGGUCUACCAGAGGAGGGCGAAGAGGCCCCGGGUGGAAUCGGCCUCGGAGCAGUUGUGCGAGGGAGUUGAUAAGGGGAGUCCUGACAGUGUGGCUGAUUCUCUGGGGGAGGUGAAGAUUGUUAAGACCAGGACGAGUAUGAAGUACGAAUUGCUUAGGUUGGGUUCGGGCUCCAGUUCUAUGAGCGAGAACUCUGGGUUGCGAUUGCGAUCAAAUGAAGACCAUAAACGAGUCAAUUUAUCGGUGGCAAGAAAGAUCGUUCGUGGUCCUCAGAAGGAUUCUUCUGCCUUGAGCAAAGUGAAAAAAUGGAUCGAGUUGGAACUUGAAGGUGUAGACCCGCACGUAUUGAUUGGUUUGGAAUGCAAGGUUUUCUGGCCUAUAGACGAUGAUUGGUAUAAGGGUUCCAUUACAGAGUACAAUUCAGACAGCAAGCAACAUAGAGUUAAAUAUAUGGAUGAUGAUGUCGAGCAUUUGAUUCUCUUGAAUGAAAAGAUAAAGUUUCAUUUGUCUUGUGAAGAAAUGGAGAAUUUGAGUUUGAAAUGUGGUCUUCCUAACAUAGAGAAGAAAGGAAUCAUUUACAAUGAAUUGCUGGCUUUGGCACUUAACUUUCAUGAUUGUCAAGGUCUUGAACCUGGUGAACUUGUAUGGGCAAAACUUUCAGGACAUGCUAUGUGGCCAGCAGUUGUAGUCAGUGAAUCAAAUUUUGGUCCUGGGAGUGAUUUGAAACCCUCUCAGACAAAUCAAUCUAUUCUUGUACAGUUUUUUGGGACUCAUGAUUUUGCAAGGAUCAAGUUGAAACAGGCUAUUCCAUUUCUCAAUGGCCUUCUUUCCUCCUUGCAUCUGAAGUGCAAGCAAGCAAGAUUUUAUCGAAGCUUGGAUGAGGCAAAAAAGUAUUUGAUCGAGCAACAACUUCCUAACACCAUGUUGCAUUUGCAAAAGUGUAUUAAGGCUGAUGAUAUUAGAGCUGGCUCUGGAGAGGAUGAAGGUGAAGAGUCUGAUGAUGAUCAUUCAGCAAGCUACACAACUAGUGGUGCUGAACAUACUAGAGUCUCACCUAUUGAAAUAGGAGAUCUUUGUGUGACUACCUUAGGAAAAAUAAUUUAUGAUUCGGAUUAUUUCCAUAACAAGAAGCACAUUUGGCCUGAAGGAUAUACAGCAUUUCGGAAGUUCACAUCAUUUAAAGAUCCUAAAUUAGUCAUGCUAUAUAAGAUGGAAAUUUUGAGGAAUCCCAAAAUAAAAACUCGGCCAUUGUUUAGAGUAACUACAGAUGACGGGGAGCAGAUUGAUGGAUCAACUCCAAGUGCUUGUUGGAAGGAAAUCUAUAACAGAAUAAACAAUAAACAAUGCAAUGGGGUUCAAGUGGAAGUGGAGGGUAGUGAUCUUCAGAAAUCAGGGUCUUGCAUGUUUGGGUUUUCCAAUUUACAGGUAGCCCAACGGAUCCAGGAACUCCCGUAUUCUAAAUUGUGCUCAAAGUAUUUUGAAAACUGUGGCGAUUUGUCCAUGGGUUACAGAGCUGUUCGUGUUGAUUGGAAAGAUCUUGAUAGAUGUGGUGUUUGUGACAUGGAUGAGGAGUAUCAGGACAAUUUAUUUCUGCAGUGUGACAAAUGCCGAAUUAUGGUUCAUGCCAAGUGCUACGGUGAAUUGGAACCAGUAGACGAAACUCUUUGGCUUUGCAAUCUAUGUCGGCCUGGGGCACCAAAGGUUCCUCCAAAAUGUUGUCUCUGUCCUGUUAUUGGUGGUGCAAUCAAACCUACCACAGAUGGUCGUUGGGCUCACCUCACUUGUGCAAUGUGGAUACCUGAAACAUGCCUUGUAAAUGUGAAGAGAAUGGAGCCUAUCGAUGGAAUAAGCAGAAUUCACAAGGAUAGGUGGAAACUCCUGUGCAGCAUCUGUGGGGUAGCUUAUGGAGCCUGCAUACAGUGCUCUCAUAAUACUUGUCGAGUGGCAUAUCAUCCUCUCUGUGCUCGUGCUGCUGGUCUUUGCAUUGAGUUAGAGGAUGAGGAAAAGAUUCAUCUCAUGUUACUUGAUGAGGAUGAUGAUCAAUGCAUUCGCCUACUUUCUUUCUGCAAGAAACAUAGACAACCAUCAAAGGAAAGGCCACCUGCAGACAACAGCUUAAGUAUGCCCCCAGAGCUAGAUUCAAGUUUUGUUCCUGCAUCCAAUUCUUCUGGCUGUGCGAGGAGUGAGCCAUAUAAUUUCUUGGGAAGGCGAGGUCAGAAGCAACCUCAGAUUCUUGUCACUGCAUCCCGGAAACGAUCAUAUGUAGAGAACCAGCCAUAUCUAGUCACUGGUAAUCGCCAAAAUGCAAGUGAUUGUGGUUUAUCAAGCAGCAUUUCCUCACAAGCUCAGUGCACAAUGGAUGAUUCUAAUCAGAGUACCUCUGAGUCUGAGAAGCAUAGUAGUGUUUGUUCAAUGGCUGAGAAGUACAGAAACAUGAAGACAACAUUCAGAAGGCGCCUUGCAUUUGGAAAAUCAAAAAUUCAUGGGUUUGGUGUUUUUGCAAAACUUUCACAUAAGGCUGGAGAUAUGGUAAUUGAGUACAUAGGCGAACUUGUUAGGCCAACAAUAGCAGAUAUAAGAGAGCGCUUUAUUUAUAAUUCAUUGGUCGGUGCUGGGACAUAUAUGUUCCGGAUAGAUGAUGAGCAUGUAAUUGAUGCAACAAGGACAGGAAGCAUAGCCCAUUUGAUUAACCAUUCUUGCGAACCCAAUUGUUACUCAAGGGUCAUUAGUGUUAAUGGUGACGAACAUAUAAUUAUAUUUGCAAAGCGUGAUAUUAACCAAUGGGAAGAAUUGACAUAUGACUACAGAUUUUUCUCAAGUGAUGAACGACUUGCUUGUUAUUGUGGUUUUCCGAGAUGUCGAGGGAUUGUUAAUGACACUGAAGCAGAAGAACAGGUUGCCAAAGUCCGGAUAGCUCUCAGUGAGAUAACUCAGUUGAAAGGUGAAUGAGGCAUAGUUUUGUCAAGCCAUCUAGCCUAGGAUUUCAUCAUCAAUUUAUUGAUACUAUUACCGGCCUGUUGAUUAUGCUUCUGAUGGAUGGUCAGAUCGUUGAGUAUGAUUUGAUGAUCUUAAAAUGAGUUACCUUUUUUUCCCCCUUCUAAUACCUUUGUACUUUGAUUUAUUUAGUUGCAUGCGAUUAUUCCAUGCAUUUUAAUUUAUUUUUCUUCUUGAUUACCUCCGGAGGGCCAAAGAAAAGCUUGUAUAUAUAGUUCGAUUGAGAAGAUAUCGAACAGCACGUGUAUCUGUUAUCUUGUCUAAUUUUUAAAUAUGACAAGUGCUAUGUGCAUCUCGUUCCUUA